AACUUGAAGACUCUGAUGGAGGUGUGAACGGGGACAGUCCCAAGACUCCUCCCAGCCGACCACAGAGGAAGGAGAAGAAAGACUACCCCAAGCCAGCUAUCAACGGCCUGCCCCCCACUCCUAAAGUCCUGAUGGGAGCCUGUUUCUCCAAGGUGUUUGAUGGCUGUCCACUGAAAAUCAACUGUGCCACGUCGUGGAUACACCCAGAUACCAAAGACCAAUACCUUAUAUUUGGGACAGAGGAUGGGAUCUAUACCCUCAACCUGAAUGAGCUGCAUGAAGCCACCAUGGAACAGCUGUUCCCCAGGAAGUGUACCUGGCUCUACAUCAUCAACAACAACCUGAUGUCUCUGUCAGGAAAGACCUUCCAGCUGUACUCUCACAACCUGAUUGGGCUGUUUGAGCAGCUGAAGAAACCUGGCCUCGCCUCUCAGUUCCAGACACACCGCUUCCCAGACAAGAUCUUACCUAGGAGGUUUGCCUUGACCACCAAGAUCCCGGACACAAAGGGCUGUCACAAGUGCUGCAUUGUGAGGAACCCCUAUACGGGCCAUAAGUACCUGUGUGGAGCGCUGCAGUCUGGGAUAGUCCUGCUACAGUGGUACGAGCCCAUGCAGAGGUUCAUGCUCAUCAAGGUCAGUCCCUCAUCUCGUCUGGCCCUCAUCUAGU